ACAUCUGAUCUGAUUCACUCAGUAAUCAAUACUUCAGGCGAGUACAAACAGAUCGAUAUAUAUAUAUAUAAACACAUAUAAUACAGUGAGCAAGAAUUUAAUUAAAAGAUGGUAGGUGGAUUUCCAAUAUGUGUACAAUGCGGGACAAAAAGCAACCCGUGCCGGUGCAAGGUGGUGGGACCGACAGUGGGGUUCAUAGCAUUUGCAGCAGCGGCGGUAAUCGAGUGGCCAGUGGGUGCCUUGGUUUAUAUCUUUCGACAUGUCAAAGGCCGCCGCAUCAUGGCUCAUCCUGCUACUGUUGUUUAUCCUAAAGUCAACCGAGCCAUUCCUAUUUAAUACUACUCACAAUAUAUAUAAUACAAGUAUGUUUUUUCACU